CUCAUACAGACACAGCAGCUACAAAUGUAACUUCUCUCACACACUGCUCUGUGCAAUAUGAUCCUGGCUGAGAUUGUUUCAUAGAACAGUGUGUGAGAGUUGGGUGGCUGUAGCCUGUUUAGUUACUUUGUGUCCUGCUGUUAUAAUUCACAUGAUAAAACGAAGUUUCUUCUCUUUGUAUAUUACAGAACUAGCAGGCACGUCAGCUACUAGCUAGUGACUUUCUGGCUGUGAGCAGCUAGUUAGGUAAAACCCUUAGCUCUGUAAUUACAGCGUAAUAUGUACAUUUCCAUAAGCAGUUAAAUCACUGCAACGUUUCUCUUAUUUUUAAGAGCUUUGGCUGCAAAAUGUGUUACAGAUAUAUAUUGCAUAAUUCAUCUACAUGUCAAUCUUUAUUUAAUAAGGACACUUUUGUUAUUGACUACAUUGUCCCUUUAAUGCCUUUUACUCCCUGUCCCUGCUCCAGUUGUACAGAGAUCAGGUUACAUUUUUUGACUGUUGCGGCGGGCGGAAAUAGACCUAGAGACUUGACAGGAAGUUGAAUUAAGGGCGGAAAUAGACCUGGAGGCUUGACAGGAAGUUGAAUUAAUGUGUUUGUGCACGGAGCUGGUUAAAAUACCCGAUGUAACAGUAUGAAGAGAAAGGAUAAGCCGAUGAUGUAGUGUCAGUCACCCUCCUCUAUUACUUGUAGCUGGGUAGUUGUCAAGAGUUGGUGCAAUGGAUAAAGAUGACAGUAUUGCAGUCAUGUUGCCAAAUCUUAAGGACUCGGAAGCACAGUUAAUUCAUGGAGAUAAUAUUUGUUCUAAUCUUUUAUCUCAUGACAACAUAAAAUGUAGUGAUCCACUAAUUAAUGUAAUUCAAAAAUUAACUGAAAUGGUUGAAAAUGGCAAAUCCAGCAGAAUUAUUGAAGCGAGAAAGCGAUCCUAUCCACUUGAUUCAUCAUUGUCACAGGAGAGUUGUACUCAGUCGGAAGGAAAAGAAUCUGAUGACAUUGGUCACAAAAAAUAUAAAGGUGACACGCAAGCAGAUAAUUCGGAAAUUGAUAGUUUUUUAAAAGACAAUAAAAAGGUGAUGUUUUAUCAGUGUAGUCUUUGUAAAUUUCUAUCCCAGUCUUUUGAGUCUCUGAAAGCACAUGUACAGAAUCAUGGACAACAAAAUGAAAUUGUUUUAAUGUGUUCAGAGUGCUACAUGACAUUUAAAACACAUAGUGAACUUGAAUGCCAUAUUAAGAAACAUUUAGAAAAUGAGAAAACAACCUCUUUAGAGUUUAAAGACCACCCGCAAAAGGAUAUACAAAUUUCUAAUUCUUCAGCUCUACCAGGGCAAAAAAAAUGGUAUGCUCAUGAAGAGUAUGGAUUGUACCGAUGCCUAAUUUGUAGAUAUACUUGUGGCCAACAGAGAAUGUUGAAAACGCAUGCAUGGAAACAUGCAGGGGAAGUAGAUUGUUCAUAUCCCAUAUUUGAAGAAGAUAAUGAGUCCGCAGAUUUACCAGAUUCCACUGUUGCUCAUGCGCCACAAGGGAGUGAAUCUGUCUUACUUGAAGACAUUGAGAGUAAGCCACUUCCAAAAAUACACGAGUGUGGUAUUGACCAGAUGCAGGAGUCCUUGCCAUUAGAUGGAACAGUCAAAGGUACUGACAUUUUGAUUCAAACUGCAACUCCAGCUCCAAUGACAGAAGUUGUAGUAGCAGAGGAUGUCUUGUCCGACACAGACAGCCUGCUUUCAUCUGCUCAUGAAAUUAUUAGCUGUAGCCAAACAAAAAAAGGCCAUGUUAAUGUAAUUGUUGAAAGAUUGCCCAGUGCUGAGGAAACUGUUUCUCAGAAAUCAUUCUUAAUAGACCCUGAAGUUGAGGUCAAAAAUAAAAAUACUUCUGCUGAUUCACAACUCCCAUUUAAUGCACCAGUUGACCAUUAUCAUCCAGAUAAAAAUGUUGUUGCAAAUGAAGAAAUCAUCAUAGGGUGGAGCACUGGAAUGAAAAGUGAUGAUGAAAACUAUCCUCCAGUCAGGAGGAGGACAAAUUCUGAAUGUUUAAGGUUACAUUCUUUAGCUGCAGAAGCACUGGUAACAAUGCCAAUCAGAGUUGUUGAAUGUCCCAAGUCCAGUCUUCAAAUUAUCAAUGAUCCUAAUUCUCUUGAUCCAGACACUGGACAGCAAGACAGUGAAGUCAGCUACACAAUCGACCCCAAGAUAAUGUCAUCUAGGAUAUCUGAAGAUCUUAAUAGCUUUGUUGCAAAUACCCAUGCCCAAAAUGAAACUAAGGAAAAGAUUGAUGUAGUCGAAGCACCAAUAAAAAAGGGCAUUAGUAUAUCUUUGUUAAAGGUUAUUGAAAAAUUAAGAGAACGGACAGAUCAAAAUGCAUCAGAUGAUGAUAUUUUAAAAGAAUUACAGGAUAAUGCCCAAUGUGAGUCUGCAAAUGACCUAAAUUUGGGCAGCAACCUUGUUGAAUAUUUACCCGAUGCAGAGCGCCCAUACAGAUGUAGGCUGUGCCAUUACACUAGUGACAAUAAAGGUUACAUAAAACAGCAUUUAAGAAUUCAUCGACAGCGACAACCCUAUCAGUGCCCUAUUUGUGAACAUACAGCUGACAACAGUGAGGAUUUGGAGAACCAUAUGAUUAACCACUGCAAAACAACGCUGUAUGAAUGCAAACAAUGUGCACAGUCAUUUUAUUAUAAGGGUCAGCUUAGAACUCAUGAAAGAGAAUUCCAUAGUCUUCCAGAUCCAGAUUGCCAGACACUGUCACCUUCUAACAAUGAAAAAGAGGUUGGUAGUGAUGACGAGGAAAAAUACUCAACAAAAGCAGAAGGAGACAAAUCCUCUACUCCAAAGAUGUAUGGUUGUGAUAUGUGCAAUUACAAAAGCCCAACAUAUAUUGGUGUUCGAAACCAUAGAAGGAUUCACAACGCAGAGAGGCCAUACAGGUGUCAGGUGUGCAACUUUACCACAACUAAUAUGAACAGCUUGAAAUGCCACGUGAGGCGCCACCCUGAUGAUAACCAAUCAGUACAUCUUGUUGACCAGUACAGGUGCUCACUUUGCGGAUAUGUUUGCAGUCAUCCUCCCUCUUUGAAAUCCCAUAUGUGGAAACAUGCAAGUGACCAGAACUAUAAUUAUGAACAAGUGAACAAGGCUAUAAAUGAAGCAAUGUCGCAGAGUAGUAGGGUUCCAGCAGAGUCUCAGACGAAAAAAAUAUCUGCAAAUUCUGUUUCCAGGAUAGACCACAACUUAAGGAUUUUAUCAAGCUCACUUGUAAAUGAAGGAACAUCAUACAUAGAAAUGCCAAAAGUCAACCCUGCACAGGUUACCUUGUGUACUACAGAAAAAUUACAAACCCAGAUGAGACCUGGAACAGAACUGUGUGUGCUUCUAUUUUGUUGCUGCAUUUGUGGCUUUGAAUACACAAGCAAAGAACUUCUAAUGGAGCAUAUGAAAGCACAUGAGGGUGAAAUCAUUAACAUCAUAUUAAAUAAGUCUGAAUCAUCCUCAUGAAUAAGACAUAAACGUCCUCUUGCGCUAUUUAACGUAAAACACAUUUCUAAAUGCCUCAUUGAAAAAUUCUUAAGGAAAGGUAAACCGAUACAAACAUAUUUAUGGAGAUUAUAAACUGAUGUUGCCACUGUUUAUGUUCCUCUAUCUUGCCACCCCUUCAGCAACAAGUUAUAGUAUAGUCAUGACCUAGAAUGCCCUGUUGUAAGGGAAAUUAACACGCGAUAAACAUGUAGACUGGUCUAGUAGACUUAAUUUAAAUGUGUGAAUUUUUUUAAAUGAAAGGGUGUAUAUGUGUUUGUGUAGCUCUAACUGUCUCAUUAAUUAUAUCUCCUUUCUAUCUAUUGCUUAAAGGACCACUAAACACAGUAGGUUAGCAUAAUCAAUAAAUGCAUUAUAAAUAAAAAAUGUUAAAGCACUUAGUUUGAAUUUAACAUGAGUAGUAGAUUUAUUUUCUUGAUAAAUUUCAAAGUUCGUUUUAUUUUCCUUCCCACUGCAUCAUGUAGCAGCCAUCAGCCAAUCACAAAACAUAUAUACUUAUAUUCUGUGAAUCUUGCACAUGCUCAAUAGGAGCAGAAAAUGUGCAUAUAAAAAGACUAUUUAUAUAAUUAAUGUGAAUUGGAAAGUUGUUUAAAAUUGUGUGCUCUAUCUGAAUCAUGAUGAUUUAAUGUUGACUUUAGUGGUCCUUUUUAAAAUAAUUUUAAGUCUAUACAGUUAAACUUGUUUUAGCUUAUUUUCUCAAUUUUGCUUAUCCUUAAGUAUGUAAAAGUCAAACCAUAUUUUCCCAAAAUAGGUUAAAGAGUCUGUGAUAAUGGCAGAAAUGUUGCAUGUUCAUUUAGUAGGAAAUUUCAAGCAAUGUCAUCAUUCCAAGGCUGAACAAAAAAAUUUAUUACAUGCAACUAUUCUCCAGUUCUCUUUAGAUUGAGUCAAACCAUUUUUUUUUGUUUUAUCCUUUUGCAAGUAUCAGAAGUGUCAAGAAGAAUUUGUUUUGCUAGAAAUGUUGUUUUUAUUUAAAUAUUUUAUUGUGUAUGGAAGAUGAAAUGUUGGAAAUAUCCAAUGAGGGAUUUUGUUCUCUCCCUAUACUGAUGUUAAUAUUGGUAUAGGAAAAAGCGCACUUCUAAAACUAGUAGCAAUUCGAUCAGUAACCCUAUUUGUCUAGUUUAGCCUGUUUCGGAUUUAUCUGUAUGCUUUCAGCCAGCACACAUUUUCUAGUAUAUCCGACACAUUAUUUAUACAAACACAGUCCAUGUACUCCCUUUCUGGCUAACAGUCCUAUAUUUAAUGUUUUUGCUUUGCCAUACCUUCCUGCACCUUAGAACCCAUUUACAGGGACUUAAGGUGCCUAAUUACUGAGCUCUGCUUUGUAAAGAAAUAUCUGUUUUUAUAUACAUAUUUAAAAAAAUAUUUUAAUCUAAAUCAACAGGUGUUCAUUAAUAUGAGACAGGUAUAAGAAAGCAAAAUUUACAAAACUGCUAAUUCACCUUUAUAUAGCUAAAAUAGAAAUAUUGUAAUUGUAUCCUCAAGUGAUAUUUAAAAAACAAGAUAAAUAUUAGCUUUUUAUAUGUUCUGUAAAAUCAUACUUCACACUUACUGCCAUAGACUGAAUUGUCACAGUAAUGUGGUGGCAAUAGCCACAACCUCACCUUUUGCAAGCUUUGUAUAGUCCUUUAAAAUAUAUAUAUUUUUUUAGAGUGAUGCAAGGUGUGUAGUGUUUCUUAUAUAUUUAUUAUUCAGUAUUUAUAUGUAAUUUUGUAAUCUAGUUCUAAGCAGAGAAUUGGUGCAUAUUCUCUUUGGUGCUAUUUCCUUUAUAUGUUGUAUGGACAAGAAGGGUUAUUCUGUACUUUGAAAGUUGACUGUGCCUAGGUAUUGCAAGAAUUAUGUUACUAUUGAGUGGAUAUUUUUAUUUCUCCUGAUUCAACAGAUGUAAAGCGUAAUUACAACCAAGAGUGGUGACUAUAAAGAUUAAAUUUAAGUGUCCUAUUGUCAUAAACCAAAAAUGUGAAAAUA